GUGACGUCAUGCUGAAGCAGAAGAGAUAAGACAGUCAAAAAAGUGAAGUUCUGUUUUCUAAUAUAUCCGCAUUUUGUGUAGAUAUCUUUGUUUGCUACGUGAUUUCAAAAAAUGUCGUACGCAUACCUUUUCAAGUACAUCAUCAUUGGAGAUACAGGAGUUGGAAAAUCUUGUCUACUUCUACAAUUUACUGAUAAGAGAUUCCAGCCUGUUCAUGACUUAACAAUAGGUGUUGAAUUUGGUGCUCGUAUGAUUACAAUUGAUGGAAAACCAAUCAAACUUCAAAUUUGGGAUACUGCAGGUCAAGAAGCAUUUCGUUCUAUUACACGAUCAUAUUAUCGUGGAGCAGCAGGAGCUUUAUUAGUAUAUGAUAUUACACGUAGAGAAACAUUUAAUCAUUUGACUACUUGGUUAGAAGAUGCAAGACAACAUUCGAAUUCUAAUAUGGUAAUUAUGUUAAUUGGUAAUAAAAGUGAUCUGGAUAAUAGAAGAGAAGUACGAAGAGAAGAAGGUGAAGCUUUUGCAAGAGAACAUGGACUUGUUUUUAUGGAAACUAGUGCCAAAACAGCAAUUAAUGUAGAAGAUGCAUUUAUUAAUACAGCAAAAGUAAUUUAUGAAAAAAUUCAGGAAGGUGUAUUUGACAUAAAUAAUGAGGCAAAUGGUAUCAAGAUUGGGCCACAACAUUCACCAACAAGUCCUAGUGGAUUAGCAGGUACUGGUGGUCAAGGAAAUACGCAAGGUGGUGGGUGCUGCUAGGGGCUGGGGGUUGCCUGUCCACCGCUUCAUCCUUCUCCAAUUUAAAUUAAUCUUUAAUCUUUUUACUCCUGCUCCUCAUUUUAUUCUCAACCAAUUACUUUGUAUAUUUUUUGCGUGUGUCGCAUCAUGAGGUAACAAGUGACUCUAUUGAUGUAUUUAUUAUUUAAAAAAAAAACAUAUACAUACAUUAAAUAGGAAUAUUAUAAGGGAAAAUGUUAUAUAUAUUGCUUAAAUCAUGAAACCUAAUAAAGUUUUAAUUUACAGAUUCUGGCUAAUGUAAAUUUAUUAGUUUUAAAUAAUGUUUCUCAUAUGCUUUGUAUACUUAAUUCAUUUGUAUAGCAAUAUAGUAAUGUUAGAUUUUUAGUUGCAUUCAUAAAAUAGUUGAAGCUUUUAGCAUAUACAGAUAAUUUUAUUUUUAAUGUUAGAAAGAAAUAAAUAAUAUUUUAUCAAUACAUUUCUAUAUUAAAUUUUUAUUUAUCUAUAUUAUCUAUAUAUUUAAAGUUUUAUAAUUCUAGUUAUAAUAUGUUAAAAAUUCGAGGAACAAAUUGAUUACAAAUUGGAUAUUGAUCAAGCGGGAAAGGAUAGGCACUUAUAUUUAAUAUUUUGUAUUUGUUCACAUUGUAUAUUGUAUGUAUUGUGCACUGAUCUGAUUUAAUUUAAUAAUGAAUUACAUUUAAUAUAUAUAUAUAUUUAUUAUAUAUAUAUAAAUCAAAGUGAUUUGUCAAAGAUAUGAUUUACACUUGACUACCUAAAGUGACACCAUGUAUAUGUAUGUAUCAAUGUAUGAAAUGACGAAUAUAUAAAAACAUAUAAAUCAA